AACGGCAACCGGCGGCACUACACGCGACUAACGGUUAACUGGAAAAUAGAGGAAAAACUACUACUGACGGGGGGCCAGCUGGAAAAGCUCCGAGCAUUCGUACUGCCAAAAAUUUACUGCUCGGAAAUACCACCGCAGUAACUUGUCGCUUAGAAAGGGAAGCUGCAUCAUCACACCAUCCACUAAAAAAUAAUCCUCCCUCCCCGGAUGGCCUGAAAAAAGUCAACACAUUUCAUCACCCCUUCGAAGUCCGCCAUUUGGGGCCAGACAGCAUUCCGCUCAUCUCACCAUGACAGAAGCCGCCUCAGCUGCUCCGGCUAAGUGGGGCACCGUCACAAGGCAGACGCCCCAAAAAUAGACCCCUCUGUCAAAAGGGGGAGGAGGAGAACGAGGAGGAGGUGGUAAAGGAGAUGCCGCCCAGUACCGUUCUGCAAAUGCCGCCGGCUCCGUCCUCAUCGAAAUCCGGCCUGGUGCUGGGCGUCUGCUGUGACCAGUUGAUGGCUGUGCAGCCGGUGCAUCGGGCACCCGGCGCACUCGGAUCACCCGGUUCAGUGGCAUCCAAAGGUCCUCCGGAUUGGGGGCACUACAAGGCGAAGCAUCUUGAGGGAAGCACGACACCCAACUGGGCCCCACCCUUUUUCAUUAUCCUUGCCUCGCUCUUGGAGAUCCUUGUGUUUCUAUGGGUCAAUGCUGAUCCACCCGAGGACUCUCUCCUCAUCUAUCGUCCUGACAAGCGGCUCCAGCUCUGGAGAUUCCUGAGCUACGCCCUGCUCCACGCCAGUUGGCUCCACCUGGGCUACAAUGUGCUCACCCAGCUGCUCUUUGGUGUUCCCCUGGAGUUGGUACAUGGAUCGCUGAGGACGGGGGUCAUUUAUAUGGCCGGAGUUUUGGCCGGAUCCUUGGGCACUUCUGUGGUGGACUCGGAGGUUUAUUUGGUGGGUGCCAGUGGCGGUGUCUACGCUCUGCUGGCCGCCCAACUGGCGAGUCUUUUGCUCAACUUUGGCCAGAUGCGACAUGGAGUUCUCCAGCUUUUGGCUGUGAUUGUGUUUGUCCUUUGCGAUCUGGGCUAUGCUUUGUACACCCGGGAAAUGGCAAUGCAUCACCUCCAGACUCGACCAGCUGUCUCGUACAUUGCCCACAUGACCGGAGCUCUGGCUGGAAUCAGUGUGGGUCUCCUGCUCCUCCGGCAGUUGGAUGGCGGACUGCGGCCACGCCCCCUUCGCUGGCUAGCCUUGGGUGUGUGGUGCUUAUUUAGCGCCUUCGGAAUCGCCUUUAACCUGGUCAACACGGUCACAGCCCAAUUAAUCGCGGAGGAGGAGGGACAGGUGAUCAGGGAACACCUGAUGAACGACCUCGGAAUGGGAUGACUCGAGACAGGAGCCAAAGACUGCGUCCCGCUCAUGAAUACGGCUCCUCUGAUACCUUAGUCUAGUCACUAGUAGCUAAGACUUUCCCCAGGACAGUGUGCUCAAAAACAUAUCUAUCGGAUAUCCUGGCUCCCACUUGAAAGUGGGAAUCGCUCAAAAUACUCUUAGCUCGUAAGUCCCAACAUUUAUCUUAUGCCAAUGCCAAAGGAGUGGAGAAGGGCCUUCAAGAACUGAGCCUGGCUCACAUCAAAGACUUAGGAUCGGGUUUGGGCUGCUAUCUAAUCGAUGGACUCCUCCAUUGAGUUGCCUACUUAGUUUUAAUGCCAAACCAGAGCUUAAAGACAUAACAUAUAACCAAAUAUUUAAGUACUAACAACAAGA